AUGAACUUGUAUGAAGAUGAAAUUAAUACAUUAAUUGCACAAAUGACUCCGGAAGAAAAGGUGGGCCAAAUGACACAAGUUACAAUCGAUUUAAUAUUAAAGAACCCAAAUGCAUUGGCGGAUUUAACCGAAGUUGAUGCAAAUAAAUUAAAUGACACUGUACACAAAUACAAAGUUGGAUCAAUUUUGAAUGUUGCUGCAGGUGGCGCUUACAGUCUUAACAAAUGGCAUGAGAUCAUCAAACAAGUUCAAGACUCUGCUAAUAAAACACGAUUACAAAUUCCGAUUCUGUAUGGGAUUGAUAGUAUCCAUGGAGCUAAUUAUAUUCAGAAUGCUCUUUUAUUUCCACAAGCAAUCGGAUUAGCUGCAACGUUCAAUCCUGAACUUGCACAUGAUAUCGGAAAAAUUGUUGCUCAUCAAACAAGAGCUGCAGGUAUACCUUGGAAUUUCUAUCCAGUUGUCGAUGUUGGUCGUCAAAAACUAUGGUCACGACUUUGGGAAACAUUUGGUGAAGAUGUUAAACUUGUCACAGAUAUGGGCCGUGCUUACUUGGAAGGAAUGCAAGGAACAAAUUUAACAUCACAACAGAGUGUAGCCGGCUGUCUAAAACAUUACGCUGGCUAUGGGUUUCCUCUUUCAGGAAGAGAUCGAACGCCUGCAGUGAUUGAUGAACGUAUGAUGCUCGAGUAUUUCUUACCCCCGUUUGAAGAAGGAGUGAAAGCAGGUGCACUAUCUGUUAUGAUUAAUUCGGGCGAAGUGAAUGGGAUUCCGGGACAUGCUAAUCACCACUUAUUAACCGAAAUAUUAAAAAACACAUGGAACUUUCAAGGAUUUACCGUCUCUGACUGGGAAGAUAUCAUACGAUUGUAUACACGAGAUAAAACGGCUGAUAGUCCAAAAGAGGCAGUACGACAAGCUGUCAUGGCAGGUGUUGAUAUGUCUAUGGUUCCAUUCGAUUUUAGUUUCUUUGAUUUGGCAGUCGAGUGUGCUGACGAUGGUACCAUUCCAAUGGAUCGCAUAGAUGAUGCUGUAAGACGUAUUCUUAGAGUCAAAUUCGCAUUAGGCUUGUUUGAUGGUAAAAGCGCCUGGCCCGAUACUAACGCAGCGGCAACUUUCAAUAACCCAUCGUUUGAUGCUACAAAUCUUCAAGCUGCCCAAGAAAGUAUUACUUUAUUGAAAAAUGAUGGUGUUUUACCUUUACCAAAAACCUUUUCUAAAAUCCUCGUCACUGGUCCUGCUGCAGAUAAAUUAACAGUUCUCAACGGUGGUUGGUCACUGGUUUGGCAGGGAGAUAGAGAGGACUUAUAUCCAAAAAACUGGACGAAUAAAACUAUCCUCAAGACACUUCGAACACAAUUCGGUGAAGGCAAAAUUGAUUAUAUCAAUGGAACAGAUUUUGAUAAAAUUAUCGAUGUUAAAGCUGUUAUUGAUGCUGCAGCUACAGCUGAUUAUAUUCUUGUUUGUCUUGGAGAAAAGCCGUACACAGAAACAUUUGGCAAUAUUGCUGAUCUCACAUUAUUCGAAGCACAAUUAGAGUUCGUCGAACAAUUACAAGCAAAUAUUAGUAAACCUAUCAUCGUCGUUCUAGUUGAAGGACGACCACGUAUAAUUCGACGAAUUGCAGAUAUAUCAUCAGCUAUCAUAAUGAUGUAUUUGCCAGGAAUGGAAGGAGGUUCGGCUUUAGUCGAUGUACUUUUUGGUGAUUACAAUCCAAGUGGUUUAUUACCAUUCACAUAUCCGAAAUAUCCACAUUUGUUAACAACAUACGAUUAUAAGUGGAGCGAAGUACUAGUUGACAAUAAAAUUGAUCCUCAAUAUGAAUUUGGUCACGGUCUAAGUUAUACGACAUUUGAGUAUAAGAAUCUUAAAUUAUCCAGCACUGAAAUGCAAUGGAACGGCGAUAUACAAAUUUCUAUUGACGUUGCGAAUGUGGGUAAACUAUCUGGUAGUCAUACUGUACUACUCUAUGUUUCUGAUUAUUAUCGAUCAAUAACACCACCAAACAAACAAUUGAAAGGAUUUAAGAAAGUUUUACUUCAACCAACGAAAUCAGAGACAGUCACAUUUUCAUUAGACAGAAACAAUCUAUCAUUUAUUGGUAUCGAUAACAAACGUAUAAGUGAGGCCGGUUUAUUCGGAGUAAAAAUUGGAGAUAAAAGCGCUAAUUUCACAUUAUUGGCAUCAAAUGAUCCUGUCCCA